CCCCCGACACACCAGGAGGAUGCGCAGUGCCGGGCCGGGCCAGCAGCAGCAGCAUCGACGCAGCAUCACACGUAGCCCACUUCACGCACACUGAUGAACGGAGGCAGAGCCCCUGUCGAGGAGGAUGCUCUCACCGGCUCAGAAGGGCUUUCUUUCGGGGUUCAUUUACCAGGCAGCAGCGGUUUGCUCGUCGGUGCUGGUGUAAAAUGCACUGGGGCAGAGCGGGAGUGCUGGUCGGCCUAGCUGAUCUCAGCCGCUCGGCAAAUGUUUCCCCAGUUUUAUUCUAGUAGGCUACAUCUUGAUUAAAGCGUUAUUAUUUCCAGGUCAGAAUCUCAGUUUCCUGUGCGGCUUGUUUCUACUGAAAAUGGCCGGAGAUGGCGGCGCUCUGAAGGAUAUCAAUGAGAUUAAAUCCCAGUUCCGGACCAGAGAGGGCUUCUACAAGCUGCUCACCCUCUCGGACUCGCAGCAGCGGGGCGGGCUGCCGCGGGGUCCCUCAGCCGGAGCCACGCUGGGCCCCGGGGCUGGACCCGGUCCGAUACCCGGCGGAGGGGUCGGGCUGCUGCAGGGGCCCGGGGCUGCCGCCGCUUCCUCCUCCAAUGCUGCAGCCAACUCCUCUCCAGCGGGCUUCCUGCCUCCGGUCCGGGUCUCCAUGGUGAAGCUGCAGCCCGAAGACCCGGGCGAGGAGUCGGAGCGGGUGUGCUUCAACAUCGGCAGGGAGCUGUAUUUCUACACGUACACCAACAUCAAGAAGGUGAGCCUGCUCUCCUCCGCUGUGAGCCCGGAUGAGAGGCUGGAUGCUCAGGUUUAG